UGUGUGUACCCUGUCAGAGGUACGGCACAAACCUGAUUUGGGUGAUCUUUAUGAACGUCACCUGGUGUCAUAAGUGUCAACUGAGGUGGCACCAUUUUUGCUCUUUGCAAUACUGCCAAUGCAAAGGAAUUUUUUUUCUGUUCAGUGACACUGGAAACCAGGGGUGGACUGACCAUUUGGAAACUCGGGCACUGCCCGAGGGCCCGGAGUCAGUAGGGGGCCCCAUGAGAUGCCCCUGGUACCUUUUUCAUAGUCUUUUUUGAGUUUGGGCAAGGACACAGGGGCCCCAUGAUCCCCUAUUGCCCGGGGGCUCCAUGA